UUCAGUUUUAUAACUUAUAUUUGAUGAUUUCUUAUCUAACUCGUCUGAGUGUGUAAAGAUACGUUCUUGUGAACCUCCUUUAGCUUCAUUUUAAUAUCAGAAACCCUGAGUUCCCCCUUUGAAUGAUGUGUAUCAGCUUCACCUUUGGGUUUUAAUUGAAUAGUUUAUUGUAAAAAAAAGGUUUCAGAGCCAAAAAUUUAUGUAUGCUGACGACCCAAUAUUGGUUCAUGGAUGUCCAAACUCAGCUUGAUUCUGUCUCAGAUUCGCAAUUGUAUUAGAACUAAAUAGUCUUACUGAAGCUCUCAAAUCAUAGUCGUUCCCUGGAAAUAGUAAAUGCACAUUGUUUGAUUACGACAUGUUUUUCACAGUUGGAGAAAUUGAUCUCUCUUUUCUUUUUGUUGUUUAGUCCAGAAACCUGAUGUUUUUGUAUGUUCAAACUGGAACAGGUUGCAGAGAUAUAUACCCUUUAAAUAAUUUGGGGGAACUGCAUUACAGGGCUACCGAGUGAAAUACCGCUUUGAGUAUUUAAAUGUCUGAGCAUUAGUGUGGUGGUGAGAAACCAUAGCUGAAUUGGUCAUUCAUGUGGCCUUCAUGUUUACUGUUCAAUAAUAUUAUUAAGGCGGAAGAUGAAGAAGAAUCAGAUGGAGAACAUUCAAGUUUAGUUGAAUCAUACCCAUGUGGGCAGUCAUCGAGUAAUGGUAAAUGCCAUGUUGCUGCCUUGCCAUGUUCACACUUUGUUGAAGUCCCACACAUUAAUCAGCUAGAUUCUUGGGAUUGCGGCCUCGCCUGCCUUGUGAUGGUUUUUCGGACUGUUGGCAUAGACAGCUGCGAUAUUCAGACAUUGGCAGAACUAUGUUGCACUACUAGCAUUUGGACCGUUGAUCUAGCAUAUUUAUUACAGAAGUUCUCUAUCAGUUUUUCCUACUACACGGUGACAUUUGGAGCAAACCCAAAUUAUUCUGGCGAGACAUUUUACAAGGAGCAAUUACCUAAUGAUCUGGCGCGAGUGGAUACACUAUUUCAAAAAGCACGGGAAGCUGGAGUUAGUAUACAGUGCAGGUCAAUCAGUCGAGAGGAAAUUUGUUUCUUGAUUUUGUGUGGGAAAUACAUUGCCAUUGUAUUGGUUGAUCAGUAUAAAUUGAGUCGGUCUUGUUCAGACGAUGUAUUUGUCUCAGACUUUUAUGGAAGCAACUCUGGUUACACAGGUCACUAUGUCAUCAUAUGUGGGUAUGACUCUGCUACAGAUGAGUUUGAGAUUAGAGAUCCGGCCUGUUCAAGGAAACAUGAGCGGGUGUCAUCAACAUGCUUAGAAGAAGCCCGGAAAUCGUUUGGCACUGAUGAGGAUCUUCUCUUGAUAUCUUUGAAGAGGAGUGGGAAGCAAAAUAGCCCCUCAAUUCAACGUUCUGCUCGUGACAAUAUCGAUUGCCGUUGAUAUCUAUUAUUAGAUCCCCUAUAUAUUACAAGUUGAUUCACGUAUAGCAUGUACUAUAGAAAGGGGGGAAAUUGUUGUCUGUUAUUCAUUGAAACUCUGUCAGUAUUAUUGAGCAGAGGAUUUGGUUGUGCACUUAAAGAUAACGUGCACACCACGUAUACGCCCCGAUUAAUUGUAUAUCAUGUAACAUACAUGUAUGUAUUUUCUAUUUCGAGCCAUCUCCAAACAGAUUCUCAAGGCUCAAUAAAUGAAAUUCACAGGACCCUUCCUGGUUUUCUGUCA